AUGGCUACUCGAAGCAGGAGCAGCAGCGUUGCAGCUUUCCUUAAAGCAUUGAUAAGACUCUUUUGCGAUGUGGCCUUCUUCUGGCACAUGCGCUUAUGGGCGUGGUGGACUCGUCCAAGCCAGAAAGACAUUCAACUAGAAUGUUUGAACUCUGCCCGAUACUAUGAAGAGUGGGAGGCUGCAGCUUUCGCAUUGGACGAGCUCUUUGGCAACGACCUCUGGUUCGAAAAUCCUUCUUCAAAACACUAUGACUAUCGCCUAAUUCAUUCAAGACUGCAAUACAUCCUAGAAGCUCGAGAAGAUGAUGAUAUCCUUGGUCUGGUAAAUCUUCUGCGUUCCGGGCUGGUCCGCAACCUUGGGAACAUUACGGCACCUCGUCUAUACAAUCGAGCUUAUGCUGGCACUAAACUCUUGAUCGAAGACUACAUUACUCAAGUCGCGCUCGCCGUCGAAUAUGUCACGGCAUAUCCAACAUCGCCCAUGUAUGAUACGAGUCUGACCAACCAGGCCAAGCUCGAUCUCCUUCAUGAUACCCGCCAGGCUUUAGGUCGUAGUGUCCUCGUGCUACAGGGAGGAUCGAUCUUUGGACUCUGCCACAUCGGUGUGGUGAAGGCUCUACAUCUACGAGGUCUGUUACCACGCAUCAUUUCUGGAACGGCGACUGGUGCUCUCAUGGCCGCCCUUGUUGGCGUGCACAAUGAAGAUGAAUUACUCAAGUUCCUGAGUGGUGAGGGUAUUGACCUUACUGCCUUCGCUACCCGUUCGGAUCAAAUGGCCAAGAACAGUGACAGUGGCUUUGUACAGCACGGCUGGAUUUCGACAUGGUUUAGACGCGCCAAGCGCUUUAUUACUGAAGGCUAUCUCCUGGACUCUCGGGUGCUAGAAGAAUGUGUUCGUGCCAAUGUUGGAGAUCUGACCUUUAUGGAAGCGUAUCAGCGGACCAAGCGUGUAUUGAACAUCACUGUGGCCCCAAUGGGCAAUGGCAUGCCCAACCUACUCAACUAUCUCACAGCCCCGAAUGUGCUCAUCUGGUCCGCAGCGCUAGCGUCCAAUGCCUCUGAUGUUCUCUAUUCGCCGUUGACCAUGAAAUGCAAAGACGAGUCAGGCAAUAUCGUUCCCUGGGCAUCCACCCAUCCAAUUAAUCCACGCCCUACAACGCCCUCGGGCUACGCCUCAGAGCGUGACUCUCCUCUCACGCGCAUAGCCGAACUCUUCAACGCGAACCACUUCAUCGUCUCUCAAGCUCGUCCUUACAUUGCACCUUUCCUUCGUAGUGAUCUGCACAGUCCCAAACCUGGUUAUAAGGGCAGAUCAUCUCUUACAAAUAGUCUGAUGAAGGUCAUGGUCAUGGAAGUCCAGCAUCGAUUGCAUCAACUGGAUUCUCUAGGUUAUCUGCCUGCACAAAUUCGUCGCUUCUUGCUGGACGAGAACAUCCCCGGUACCUCUUUGACUCUUGUCCCUGAGGUAAAAUUCACAGACUUCUUUAGAUUGCUCGAGAACCCUACCAGGCAGAGUGUAGAGUACUGGAUCUCGAGAGGAGAAAAGAUGGUAUGGCCUGCAGUGGAUGCACUAAAAGUAAGAUGUGCAGUUGAGGUAGAAUUGGAUCGUGGCUACCAAGUUGUACGAAGAAGAAAACCAUUUGACGCUAGUCCGAUGGCAUCAGCGCAUGGUACUGUCAGGUUGGACAAAAAGGGCAUCAAGAAAAGAAGUUCGAGCUCGGCACUCGAGUAA